AUGGAUUUUGAUGACAGUGCACCUGGUGUUUUAGUAUGGUAUCAUGAGAGUGUAGAAGUUAAGAGAAAAACAGGAAGGGAAAAUACGUGGACGUCAUUACAUUUUAAAGACAACAAUGACGAUGUGUUUGAUUGUCAACUGGAACAUUAUACUCUACCUCGCCCAAAGUGGUCACAAGUAUCAUGUGAAGACAAGAUAGUCAUGGAUGUUCAGUAUUCUCCAACUGUCAAUAUACAAAACCCAACUGAUGUAACAUUAAUUGAGGGCGAUGCAUAUAUAGCUGUAUGUUUGAUAGAUUCAAACCCGGCGGUAGAAGGAAUAUGGAUACAUCCAGAUGGUUCAUUCACUCUAGGGUCAUCACUGGAGAUCAACUCCAUAUCAAGAACUGAUGGCGGUAGAUACAUUUGUUUUGCAGAAACUGUAUUUUGGGAUGGAUCAACCGCGUCAGACAAUGAUUCAUUGCAUAUUGAUGUUCAGUUUCCUGCUAAUAUUUCCCUUGUUGGUCCAAGUCAUGUAUAUGAAGGAAACCACGUUGUUUUACUGUGCUCAACAACCGACGCUAACCCGCGUCCUUAUGAAAUGUAUAUAAACCACACAGAUGACAAUGGCAAUGACAAUGUCGUGGCGGAAGUUGAAUAUGAUAUACAUGUACUUUAUAUCAUUACAUCAAUUAGUGAAGAACACAGUGGAACUUAUACAUGUUAUGCAGAAUCGCGAUUUUACGAUGGUACUAUUGGCGAAAGUACCAGUAAUGAAAUAACAGUAAACAUACUUCAAUAUUCACCAGAAGAUAAUACAAAUGGAGUGAUAUUUGCAUUAAUUAUUGUAAUUAUCCUACUCUUUGCUGUUAUUGUAAUAUCAUGGAAGCCUUCGCAUACCGCUGAAUAUGAAGAUCUGCGCAUGUCUGUGAAUCCAGAUCACGUAUACUUGAAACAUGGCGAGGUACCAUGGGAAAUUCAAAGGGAAUCAAUUCGUCUUGGGAAAACUAUUGCAGAAGGAUAUUUUGGAAAAGUGAUGAAAGCGACAGCAAUUAUAGGAUCACAAAAUCUACACUCAACUGUAGCUGUAAAAAUGUUAAAGGGUCCCACGUUUUUUGUUCUUGAAUAUAUGGCUCUUGGCGACCUGCAAACGUAUCUUCGUAGAGAAAAAAAUAAUGAGGAAAAUACAUAUACUAAUCUAAGAGAUCGUGUGACAAAGCUGUCUCAACACAAUCGUAUUGGUUUUUCACAUCAAAUAUCUCUUGCUAUGGAAUUCAUUGAAGGAAAAGGAUGUGUUCAUCGAGACUUGGCUGCUCGCAAUGUACUACUGAAUGAGAAACUAGUAUGCAAAUUAUCUGGAUUUGGAUUGGCAACUGACGUCCUGGAUCAACGCGAUUAUGAGAAAUGA